UUUUCAAAGCAUCUGUGGACGUAGCUUCUUAAAAACACUGCAGUUUCUAUCGCCAGAGCCAGAAAAGUUUCGGUGUUUGUCGGUAGUUUACUUGUUUAUAAACCAUGGAAGCUGCAGAAGGUGAAGUUUACCGCCUCAGACGGGUGGGGAAGGCGGCAAGCCGGCCGGAUGUGCAGGACGUGUUUAGACUUGCAUCAACCCCCCAAACCCUCCAGAUCGGGAGGAACCCUGCCCAGUGUGACGUCUUUAUCGACUCCCAGUCCCACCCUGCUCUCAUCUCACGCAGACAUGCAGAGAUUCACGUACAACAGGACGGGCAGGGGAACGUGGCAUAUCAUAUAACAGACAGGAGUGUCAACGGGACUUAUGUUAACGAUAUCAGGCUGAAGCCUCAGACCCCCCACAGACUACAGGAAGGCGACACCGUCACGUUCGGUCACCUGAAGGCCGGCACCGUCCAACCUGGGCAGCUGGCAGUACAGGCUGGGUCAGAGUUCAAGUUCAGGUUUGAGAAGUGUGUGAGACCAGGUGAUGUGGACACCAGAACUGACUCAGAGACGCCCACAUUGUCCCACCUGACGGCACCAGGAGAUGCAGGGAGGGGGAACGGCAGACAACUCUUCCCCUCUGUACCAAGUCCUGAUGUGCUUCAGGACAUAUCUAACUGGGUCCAGAAGUCCAAACUUGUCAACACAGAUGCUGAGAAGGGAGGUCAGAAGACUGGUACAGCAAGUAGCAGUUCUACAGGGCAUAGUCAGCUCAGUGUACCUGAUGACAGUGACUCAGAAAUAUUCAGCAUCGCUGCGACGUUACAGAUCCCCUCCGACAGUGACUCCGACUCCGACAUUUUCUCCCACACCGACUUGAAAACACCAACAUCACAAGACAAGAGUUUGUUGGCAAAAGACAGUAAUUCUGAAUCUCCUGGAGCUGUUUCCAUGGCAACAACUGUUUCCAUGGCUACCGGCACUGCACGGUUGUCCAAAAGUCCCAUUGUUACAGCAGGAGGAGUGUCUGGUCUAAAAAGCUCAUCAUCGACUGUUAGUAACAACAAGAGGAAAAGAAAACCCAAUGCAGGUAAGCCUGGUGUCCCUGCUAAGAGAGGGAGACGAGUGAAGUCUGACAGGUCAGGUGAGGAGGACUGGGUAAUCUGUGACUCGUUUGACUGCAGCAGGCCGGAGGGGGACAUGAUCAGCUGGCUUACUUCCUCAAGCUCAAGACGUGGUCGCUGGUCGCAAGUGUCCUCUAGUCUUCUCAAGUCCACGAACUCAAACACAAUGGAAAGCCAGACGACCAAUAACAACGUCGCAGACGACUUUCUGUCGUACCACCGUUCCCUUGGCAACCACGUGUUGACGACCUAUGUGGGAGGGGCCGGGUGGCUGGUGGACGACAUUUCUGUCAGCGAGAAAAAGUUCCCGCCAAAAACCGUCCUGAUGAAAACAUCAAAGUGCACCGAACUCGGCAGCAUCGUCUUAGAACCUCUGGAUAACCCGAAUCUUAACACAACAUUCCGCGCAAAACGGACCUUUAAGUUUACGGAGCCGCCAGCCUCCGAUGUCUUAGACCAAGUACAGACGUCCCGGGCUGACCACGAGGUAGAGAAAUAUGAUAUCGUAACCAUGGUGAUGAAGGUUGAAGGAGGGGGCGGAGUGGGAGUGCAUCAUGUCGGCGAGGUGGGCGUGACCUACUGCAAGGUCAAACGUUCAACCGUCAAGGUCACGUGUAGGGGCCUCCGAGAGAUCGCAGUUGACUUUCAAACCCUUGCGAAUAACCUGGCAAGUCUCUCUUUAAGGGAGAAAUUAAGGAACGAUGACGACAGUUUCUUAGUCAUGACCCACGUUUUGGCAGCAAAGGAGCUCUCAUGGGAAAAGGUCAAAGGUGAGGAGGAGAGGGUAAGAUAUGGCGGGAAACUCAAACUGCUGAUUGGCGCCUGUUUGGGUGACGUCAGCUGCGAUGUCUGCCGGGAAAAGGAGACGCCCGAAAAACACCUUCACGCCGUGAGAGACGCCAUCUUGGCCUUCAAACUGGCCAAGGUCAACGUGACGGACAAGGUCACCAUAGCCAGAGACGGCGUGUUGAAGGACGGAGAGUUCGAAGGGAACUACACUUUAGCACGAGGGGAGGUGGACAGGGCUGGACAAUACGCGUUAAGGGUGACGUACCGACAGGAUGAACCACCGCGGCUGAGCAGGGAUAGCCUCGUGUUCAGGCUGCUCGGGGCGGGCGGAACUCGGGAGGACAUUACUGUCCGGGAGGAGGACCUGCUUACCUCGGGGACGUACCAGACACGUUUUUAUCGCGACAGUACCGGGCUGUUUCCGCUAAGCGGCGUGCGUGUGUGGAAGAAACGCCCCAGGACACUGAUGGAAUGGAUCAGAGUCAAGUUUACCGGAACUAAGGACAGAAGUCGGCUGAGACUCGUGAAGCUUACAUGA